AUGGAACACACUCUGGGCCGCGCUUCACCAGAUGAUCAGAUACAACAAGCAGAUGCGUUUCCAGAUGGGAUAUCUGGUUUCUGGGAGUCGGGCUCCUUGGCUCCUUUGUCUUCUAUUGGUGCUGGGAAAGCUGAAAUCGAAUCCUUGAUUGAACUCUAUUUUCUCCGAAGGGCUCAGCAAAGGGUUUUUGAUGAGUUUGUGCAAGCACGCAAGGCACGAGAUAAGAGAAGGGCUCGACCCAAAGAAAAUCCAGAAACUUUACAACUCUUAGAAGCGAAAGUUGCCGCUCUUCAAGAACUUGAGACAUCCAUCCCGAAAGGGUGUCCUGUGCGCCUGAGGCACCUAGUGGGACACGGCUCCGAACCGAAUCACGACGUCCUAUAUCCUUGUGACGAGGCGAAGGAGGCGGUCCGACCUCCCAAUGCACAAGAGUGGUCUGACUUCGGCCAGGACGUGGCUAGUAUUGCGAGGAAAAUGGCCGCGCUUGCUCAUGAGGUCCCAGAUCUUUUUUCUUUGGAUUUUCAGCCACCCUCCAUCAGCAUGUUCAAAGUGCCACUGACGUUGCCUCCUUCUGACGACAUGAUGCAAGUCGACGACGGUUCGCCUGUGUCUGAGAAGGAUUCAUCAUCAAUAACAACACUUUGGCAUGAUAUCACCCAUGUCCACAGCACGUUCUCGUAUAUCAAUGAAGUUAGGGUCGAUGAAGAGCGCCCCGCUCUUGAAGACCUUAUUGACCAGUUUGAUGUUGGAUUGAAAGAGGAGGAGAACAAAUGGCCGAAUGAAGGGAUCGAUCUAGAAAAUCUCAGACAACAAUAUCCCAAGUGGAAGGAAGAGGCAGAAGGACGACUCAAACAAUUAAGAGAAAUGGUGCACGAGUUGGAGGAACAGAACAAACAGCAUCGUGGAUCCAACUUUGCUCUUCGACUAGGAGUGUACAAAUUUAAAAAUGACGUCGAUGAAAUAAAGGAGUUGUACAACGCGUUUCUCGACCCACCAACCGAGACAGCCCGGGCCCUCGCUCAUCCUCAAUUCACAGAGCUAAUGGCGCCCAUCAAGAAUGACGUUAGUAUCGCCGCUCGAAAACAUGUCCAAACCAUGUUGAAUGCCUUUCACAAGGACCUCAAGAGCGCCGUCACUGAGAUUUCAUCUCUUAUGUACCACGAUCUCCAGAAUACGCUUGAACCCAUUGUGGAAAGUACAGAACAACUACUGCGGGAUAUCUAUACAGAACCAUAG